AUGGGCUCCUCACGCCUCCCAGUUAGUCUUCGCGAGACCUUCUCCGCCCCGACCCGCACCUCCCGCCGCCAAAUCCUCGCCCUCAACCUAGACAUACUUCGCAACCUAAUCUUUCUCCUCUUCCUCCUCCGCUGGACCCGCAAAACCCUCUAUCAGCUGCGCGGCCGCGGCCUCCUUGGCACCGUCCGCGACGGCUACAUCUCGCUCCGCCGGAUCCUCUACGGCCUCUUCCUACGGCUGCCAGGCGUGCGCACCAAAGUCUCCGCCCAGGUCGCCGAAUCCCUCGCCAAGCUCGAGUCGAAGCUCGUGCCGAGCGGGCCGGGCGUGGAGCGGCAUCUCGCGCUGCCGGCGGAAGGAUGGAGCGACGAGAGGGUGAGAGAGGAGCUGGUUAAGCUGGGCGAGAUGGACCAUACACGGUGGGAGGAUGGGAGAGUCAGCGGCGCGGUGUACCAUGGUGGGAAGGAGCUGGGCGAGCUGCAGAAGGAGGCGUUUGGGAGGUUCGGGGUCAGCAACCCGAUUCAUCCGGAUGUGUUUCCGGGGGUUAGGAAGAUGGAGGCUGAGGUUGUUGCUAUGGUUCUGUCUCUGUUCAGUGCACCGGAAGGCGCUGCAGGCGUGACGACGAGCGGAGGCACGGAGUCUAUCCUCAUGGCCGUCCUGAGCGCGAGGCAAAAAGCGUACCACGAGCGAGGUGUGAUGGAGCCCGAGAUGAUCCUCCCCGACACCGCGCACACAGCCUUCCGCAAAGCGGGCGAGUACUUCAAAAUCAAAGUCCACCUGGUCGCCUGCCCAGCGCCCACCUACCGCGUACACAUGCCCUCCGUCUCCCGCCUCACAAACCCCAACACGAUCCUCCUCGUCGGCAGCGCCCCCAACUUCCCCCACGGCAUCAUCGACGACAUCUCCGCCCUCUCCCGCCUCGCAGUCCGCAGCCACCUCCCCCUGCACGUCGACUGCUGCCUCGGCUCCUUCCUCGUGCCCCUCCUCGCCAAAGCCGGCUUCCCGUCCGAGCCCGCCGACUUCCGCCUCCGCGGCGUGACCAGCAUAAGCUGCGACACCCACAAGUACGGCUUCGCGCCCAAGGGCAACAGCACGGUGCUCUACCGCUCGCAGCAGCUGCGCAGCUACCAGUACUUCGUCUCCGCGGACUGGCCGGGGGGCGUGUACGCCUCCCCCAGUAUGGCGGGGUCACGGCCGGGCGCAUUAAUAGCGGGCUGCUGGGCCAGCAUGAUGGCGCAGGGCGAGGCCGGCUACGUGGACGCGUGCCACCGGAUCGUCGGGGCCGCGAAGCGGAUCGAGGCCGCCGUGCGCGAGGAGCCGGGUUUGUGUGUUGAUCUCGAGGUGGUCGGGAAGCCGGCUGUUAGCGUCGUGGCGUUUACGUCGCGCACGCUGGAUAUCUACGAUGUUGCGGACCGCAUGUCGGCCAGGGGGUGGCAUCUUAAUGCGCUGCAGAACCCGCCGGCCAUGCAUGUUGCCGUCACGCUUCCGAUUGUGGCGGUUGUGGAUGAGCUGCUGAGGGAUUUGGAGGCGUGUGUUGAGGAGGUGAGGGAGAGGGAACGGAGGAGGCUGGCGGAGGGGAAGGGGAAGGCGGUCAAGAAAGGCGAUGCGGCUGCGUUGUAUGGCGUUGCGGGCGCGCUGCCACACAAAGGCGUCGUUGUGGAGUUGGCAAAGGGGUUCCUAGAUACCUUGUACAAAGCGUAA